UUAUAUUGCUGUAUCGAAUCAAAUAAAAUUAAUUAAUAAAAGUCAACGUUCAAACACACUGUAUAUAUGAUAUCUAAAAACUUAAAGAUAAUUCAAUUUACUCAUUUCGCACAUAUUGCAAUAUUUAUGUUAUCUGUAUAUUUAAUUUAUAAAGUAAAUACAAUGUUCUUGUACAAAAUUUUAUAAGGAUCGGAUUCAAAAGAAUAAAUACUAACGACUCUUUCAAGGAAAAUAAGUGUAUAUAAAUUAAGGUAAAAAGUAAGCAUUAAGUAGAUCAGUCGAGUUUCAUAUUCAACAAUGUUUAUGGUUUGGGGAGACUGGUUCACAGGUGGAGUACAAACUGUAGAUACACAAAAUCUUCUUGAUUCUGUAAUUAUUACCAAUAAAACUAUUAUAAGAAGAAUUCGUGUACCCACUUAUGAAGUACAUAGAAGUCAUUGGCGCAAUGAUCCUGAAAUACAAAGACAUUAUUGGGCAGCAUCUUUUCUUGUUCCUAUUGGAACAAUUUUUGUCCUUGCAAUGGUAGUUCUCUUAAUGGUGUCCACAUACGGUUGCCGCGAUAGUUGGAUCAGUUCUUGGGAUUAUUAUUAUAUUUACCGCAUGUGUAUCGAUUAAUCAUGCCCCAAUAUAUGUUUAGCAGUUUUUAAUGUUACUGUUAUCAAAUUUAAUGAAACAUCUCAUUACUUCUAGUCUAUUCAAAAUAUCAACAAAUCAAGACUGAUACAAAAUUUACGAUACCAUGGUAUAUGCGUGAUCAUGUAUUGAAUAUUUUUAUAAUCAAUAGUUUGAAUUAAAUAUAUUUUUUUAUAAUAA